AUGUCUUCCGCCGAUACCCCGGCUAAGGGCGUCCCGCCGCUCUCCGACCAAGAGCUUGCGUUAGUAGAUGGCGUUCUCAAGGACAUGACCGAAGGCGAGAGCGAGCCCACCAUCUCAGUCACCGCUACGCCCGAUGUCGGCACGCCGCCAGCUAUGUUUGGUGCCGGAGGUCCUAUGCUCAAGCAGUUCGACCAGUCGACCGCAACGAGCAGGGCAAUCUCCCAAACAGCCACUCCCCCCAGAUCUGUUGUCGGAAUAGGCGGCAAGGUCGGGAAGCCCGACUAUUCCGAGGCCAAGAUCGUCCUUGCCAUGGUUGGAUUGCCCGCGCGAGGCAAAUCUUAUCUGAGCAACAAGCUCAUGCGGUACCUCAAGUGGUUAGAGUACAGCGUCAAGGUAUUUAACGUCGGCCAGUUGCGGCGGUCGCGCGCCCGCCAGAAGGCUCAGCAAAGCGGAAAGCGUGAGGAUCACACGGCAUCAUACUUCAGCCACGACAAUGCCGAAGCAACGAAGCUGCGAGAUCAGCUUGCAACUGACAGCCUCGAGAUGCUCAUUCAAUGGCUCAAGGAAGGCGGCAACGUCGGAAUACACGAUGCUACGAACAGCACGCGCAGUCGGCGACAGAAGAUCGUCGACCGAGUAUCCCGGGAGCCCGGAUUCGUCGUGAUCUUCUUGGAGUCUGUCUGUGACGAUCCUGCCAUCGUAGCGGCCAACGUUGCCUUGAAGGUCUCUUCGGGUGAUCCAGACUACAAGGAUAUGUCGAGAGAGGAAGCCAAGCGCGAUUUCGAACGUCGUAUUCGAGAGUACGAGGCGGUGUACGAAACGAUCACUGAGCCUCAUUUGUCGUACCUCCGCAUCAAGAACGUCGGGAGCCAAGCUACUCUGUGCCAUAUCCAUGGUUAUCUGCAAAGUCGCAUUGCCUUCUAUCUGAUGAACCUGCAUCUCAAGCCCCGAAGUAUAUUCUUUUCACGGCACGGGGAGAGCCAGUACAACGUAGAGGGCAAGAUCGGCGGAGACUCUCUAUUGUCUGAACGAGGUCUGCGUUACGCGCGAGCGUUGCCCGCGCUCAUUACAGACAACAUAGGCGAUGCCGCGCUGACCGUCUGGACGUCAACUCUGCAGAGAACCAUACAAACAGCAGAGUAUCUCCCAUACCCAAAGCUGACGUGGAAAUCGCUCGACGAGCUUGAUGCCGGAGUGUGCGAUGGCAUGACCUACGAGGAGAUUGAGAAAGCGUACCCCGAAGACUUCGCCAAUCGGGACGAAGACAAGUUCAACUAUCGCUACCGAGGUGGCGAGUCUUACCGUGACGUCGUCGUCCGCCUCGAACCCGUCAUCAUGGAGCUCGAGCGCCAGGAGAACAUCCUCAUCAUCGGUCACCAAGCCAUCCUUCGCUGCCUAUACGCAUACUUCCACGAUCUCCCCCAAGCCGACCUGCCGUACAUCAAGAUUCCACUCCACACUGUCAUUAAGUUGACUCCGAAAGCCUACGGCUGUGACGAGGAACGCUACACGCUCCCGAUCGGGGCAGUCGACACCCACCGUCCGAAGCCAAAAGGCGGCCUACCACCCAUCCCAACGCCCAAGACGGCUCGCGAGUACUACGCGAAUGACGCCUAA